AUGUUCCAUGGGGGGACGAACUUCGCCUACUGGAGUGGUGCUGACUUUAAGGACCAGUACAAACCAGUGACCACCAGCUACGACUAUGAUGCCCCACUCUCAGAGGCGGGAGACCCCACUGAGAAGCUGUUUGCCAUUCGCACGGUCAUCAGCAAGUUCCAGACCCUGCCAGUUGGUCCGAUGCCACCCGCCACUCCCAAGUAUGCCUAUGGCUGGGUGGCCCUGCGGAAGUAUGCUGACCUCCUGGAUGUCUUGGAUGUGCUGUGCCCCUCCGGGCCCAUCCAGAGCCAGUUCCCCCUCACCUUUGAGGCCAUAAAGCAGCCCCAUGGCUUUGUGCUGUACCGCACACACCUGCCCCGGGACCUCCUGGACCCAGCCACGCUGGGCGCUGCCCCCCACAGCAUCUGCGACCGUGGCUACGUGAUGCUGCAGAAGGAGCACUGGGGGACGCUGGAGCGGGAUGGGCAGACAACGCUGCGUGUGACGGGCAGGGCAGGGGACACCCUGGACGUGCUCCUGGAGAACAUGGGCAGGAUCAGCUUCGGGGCCAACAUCAGUGACUUCAAGGGCUUGCUGGGGAACCUCUCCUUGGACUCCAGCCCUCUCAGCAACUGGCUGAUCUAUCCCCUGGCCAUAGACACUGCCGUCCAGCAGGGCUGGCCCCACAUUGCCCUGCCGAAAUCAAGCAGCGGGGGCAGAGCAGGGCCAGCCUUCUACACUGGGACCUUUGAGACCCCUGGCAUCGCCUGGGACACCUUCGUGAAGUUCCCAGGUUGGAGCAAGGGCCAGCUGUGGAUAAAUGUGUACUGGCCAUGCCGUGGGCCCCAGCAGACUCUCUUCGUGCCUGGCUCGGUGCUGCAUGUUGGCCGCCCUAAUAACAUCACCGUGCUGGAGCUGGAGGGGGCACCCUCCACCCCUCUCUUGCUCUUCCUUGACCGACCCCUUUUCAACAAGACCCUCAGCUGUAGCACUAUGCCCACGGAAUAA